UAAACAGUAAUACUUUUCUGUUCAUUACUGAUCAUGUUUUCCUUGUUUUUUUCCUUCUCAAUGUUUUGAUGACGUUGACAUUUACUUCACUGUCUCAUCUGAAUGUUCAGUGAAAUAAUGGACUUCUUAAUUACUUUACACAUUUUUAAUACGGCUUGGUUUUUACCCGCUGUAAAUUCUAACUUUGGUGCACUGCCCAUGGUGCUGAAACCCAGCGUGCUCAAACUUUGGUUGUUUACUAGAGCGAAUAGCUUUUUUGUCCUUUGUCGGCCUGUAUUUUGUAGACCCUGACAUGUAGAGCAGAACUUAAAUUAAGUUAUCAGAUAUAUUAUUGUUCAAAUCAUAGGUUUUGCAUUUGUGUCAUAGAAUAAUGUGAUUUUCUGAAUAAUUAUUGUAAGCUCGUUCCGGUACCACGUGGCGUCACUAUUGACCGUGGCUUUGAGAUGUUAUAUGCGAGUCUCUAGGCUCCUCCCAGCUUCAGAGGGUGAGGAGAUUUCUCGGGGCUUUGUUACAAAGAGAGGAAGAACGAGAGAGAUACUGCUGUCUGCGGCGACACCAGUGUUUACCGUGUAGAAAUUCAAUUCGAUUUGAUUAAUAUAUUGUUUUAUGCUUUGAUUGAUUGAAGGAUACUCAUCUCUUUGGAUCUAUGCUUGGCUCACAUUCGAUGGAAUUAUGUCUUUACCGAAUAGAAGGAGCUCUAUUGUGACGUAUUUAGUGCUUGUGCUGCUGGAGUGUUACUGGGAAGCGGUGUCCGGGCAGCUCUCCUACUCCGUCUCAGAGGAGGUAAACCCGGGGACUUCUGUGGGAAAUAUCGCUAAGGAUCUAAACCUCAAUGUCCUGGAGUUGGAGUCGCGUAUGUUUCAGAUUGUCACCGGGUCCAAGAGAAAGUAUUUCGAGGUAAAUCUAAAGACUGGUGUUCUCUAUGUGAAUGAGAGAAUCGACAGAGAAGAGCUCUGUGCGGAGGAUCUUACAUGUACAGUCCUUGUAGAGGCGGUUAUCAGCAAUCCGUUGAAGCUUUAUCGAAUAGAAAUAAAUAUUCUAGACGUUAAUGAUAAUUCCCCGUCUUUUCCUACGAGGUCACAACAUAUCAAUAUAACAGAAAACACGUUAACCGGUGCUAAAUUCCCCCUAAAAUCCUCUCAUGAUGCGGAUGUUGCUAAGAAUACCGUUAGUACAUACAAGCUUAGUCUCAAUGAAUAUUUUUCUCUAGCUACACACACAGGAGGAGAGAGUGUGUCUGCUGAGUUAGUGCUGCAGAAAGCUUUAGACCGAGAGAAACAGCCUGUGAUCCAGCUCACACUGACCGCUGUAGAUGGAGGAAAUCCACCGAAGUCUGGUAGUAUGGCUGUUAUAGUUAAUGUGUUGGACAUAAACGACAACCCCCCUGUUUUCAGUACAUCGCUGUACAAAGCCAGUGUUUAUGAAAACGUACCGAUUGGAAACUCAAUAAUAACACUAAAUGCUACUGAUUUAGACGAAGGACCAAAUGGUGAAGUGUUUUUUUCAUUUAGCGAGUUUGGAAAAGGCAACUUUGCUGAUAUUUUUGUAGUGGACACAAAAACUGGGACUGUUACAAACAAAAGAAAAAUAGAUUUUGAAGAAAACAAAGCUUUUGAAAUCCGUCUUCAAGCAAGUGAUGGGGCCAACCCUCCGAUGACGUCUCACUCCAAAUUGUUGAUUGAAGUACUAGACAUAAACGAUAAUUCCCCUGAGAUAUCAGUAACGUCACUCUUAGACACAGUAAAAGAGGACGCUAAGGUGGGCACUGCAAUUGCUCUCGUGUCAGUCCUCGACAAAGAUGGUGGCAAAAAUGGGUUGGUACAUUGUGAGGUUAAGAAUAAAGUCCCUUUUAAAUUGGAGACAAACUAUAAAAACUAUUAUUCAUUAGUAGUCAAUGGUCCUCUAGACAGAGAGAGCGCAUCUCAUUACAAUGUUACCAUCGCAGCUACGGAUGAAGGGACCCCGCCUCUCUCCAGCACCAGCAUUAUUACUGUACACGUUUCUGACGUGAAUGACAACGCUCCUCGCUUCUCAGAACCAGUGAUUAAUGUUUAUGUUAAAGAGAACAGCCUGGUAGGAGAAGUCAUUAAAACCGUGUCUGCAGUUGAUGAUGACGUCAAUGAAAAUAGUCAUGUGACCUACUCAUUCUUAGAGAGUAAAAACCACUCACUACCGCUGUCUACAAUGGUCAAUAUAAACACAGUGACAGGAGAUAUAGUCAGCCUUCAGUCUUUUAACUAUGAGGAGAUAAAAACAUUCCGUUUUAAAGUUCAGGCCACAGACUCUGGUGUUCCUCCGCUCAGCAGCAACGUGACUGUGAACGUUUUUAUUCUGGAUGAGAAUGACAACAGUCCUGGGAUUCUCGCGCCCUAUUCUGAGCACGGCUCCGUUAACAAUGAGAACAUUCCCUAUUCUGCUGAAGCGGGCUACUUUGUGGCCAAGAUCAGGGCUGUAGACUCCGACUCUGGCUACAAUGCGCUGCUUUCUUAUCACAUCUCUGAGCCCAAGGGAACCAACCUCUUCCGAAUCGGAACCAGCACAGGGGAACUAAGGACUAAGAGGCGAAUGAGUGACAGUGACCUGAAAACUCACCCGUUGGUCGUGAUGGUUUCUGAUAACGGAGAACCCUCACUGUCAGCGACUGUGUCUAUUGAUGUAGUGGUGGUUGAAAGUACAGGUGAAAUCCAGACUCAAUACAGAAUCGUACCAAGAAAGGAGGAGAGCUUCUCUGAUUUAAACUUGUAUUUGCUCAUCGCCAUUGCCUCGGUGUCAGUGAUAUUUUUCCUGAGCCUGAUCAGUUUAAUAGCUGUAAAAUGCUUCAGGACAGACGACAGUUUUAAAAGGUACGGCGCCCCAGUGAUCACCACACACCCUGACGGGAGCUGGUCUUACUCUAAAUCUACUCAGCAAUAUGACGUGUGUUUCAACUCAGACACACUGAAGAGUGACGUAGUGGUUUUCCCCGCACCGUAUCCACCUACAGAUGCAGAACUGAUCAGUAUUAAUGGAAAUGACACGUUUGACAGGACUCAGACAUUACCCAACAAAGACAAGGUAAGACAUCAUGCUUUCAAUUAGCACAUAAAUAUUCUGUUCUCCUUUCAUUUACUGAGCAUUUACUCUGCUUUGUUGUGCUUUUUAAGGUAUUUUGAUGGUGUUAUCGUUUGCUCUUUAAUGCACGUCUUACUGCCGAUGUAAGUUGUAAAAAUGGCGUGUUCUUUACCGUUGUAAAUAUAAACGUCAGUGUGCUGUCCAUGGUGCUGAAACGGAUAAGGGUAUUUUUCUUGGUGUUUGAGCUAAUGAGGUGAUUGCGCUUAGUACAUUUAUUAGAGCUACUCAUAUUAACUUACACUUGUAAUGAGAUUUUAUGAUCACCAGCCUUGGCUUGUGUCUGGGUUUUCUGAAAUGUAAUGUCAUUUGUUAAUCUAAGCUCAUACAUUGAUGCGUAAAUUCCCCACGUGGCGUCACUGUUGACCGUGGCAUUGAGAUAUUGUAUUUGGUGUCUUGAGGCACCUCCCAGUUUCAGAGGGUGAGAACAUUUCUCGGGGCUUUGUUACAAAGAGACGCGGAAUGAGAGAGAGAGACGGAGACUGGUCGGAGGCAACAUCAAUGUUUACCGUGUAAAAAUUCUGGAUUGGAAACAUAUUUCUCUAAGCUUUGAUUGUUUGACAAAUAUUCGUAUCUUUGGACCUAUACUUGGCCCACC